CUCUUUUCCUUUUAUAGGAGUCAUCUUGCAUUAGUUUUUGUGAUUCUUUGUGUUGCGUUUCUACUAAUUCACAUUUUGAAGAUUGAUCGGAUCAGAUCCCUCGAGUCGGUCUCUGUUUUCACACUCCGAUCGAUCGUUGGAUUUCGUUUGAAGGAUAUUGUUUAGCCCCUUGCGAUCAAGGGUUUCUAAUCUUCAAUUAGAGUCUAAACAUUUAAUUUGUAAAGGUUCUGCGUUAUAAUCAAUCAAUAUGAAUAAUUCUGGAAAACAACAAUCUUUUAGUGAUCGGGAGGUAGAUGAUCAACAACAAUCAAACGAUGAUUUGUCACCGGUAUCCGGUGGUACCGGUGAGGUUUCUCCGGCGGCAGCUUCGGGAGAUUCCUUGACGAGGAGGAAUGGAAAUAAUAUUGGACUUGCAGCUCGUUUGACGGAUUUGUUUGUUGGAGAUGGCGACCGAGAUAGCGAUAUGCUGAUGCAACGAAACACUCAAGAAGGCACGGUUGUACAGUGGCUACAGGCUCUUGAUAUGCAAGUAUUGGGAGCGUGUCGCGCCGAUGAGAGGUUGAAGCCCUUGCUCAAGCUUAAUGUAUCCAGCGUGGCUGAAGACCGAUUGCUGUCGCAUCUAAGUCAGCAUUUUGAGCCAUCAGAAGUCGGUUUGCUCGCAAGGUGCUUAUGUAUCCCUCUUGUAUCAAUUCGUGUUGGGAAGAUCAACAAACAAGGAACUCGUCUUAUUCCAACAAGUGCAAGGGGAAACUUAGUUCUGUCAUUAUUACCAACUUCUGAUCUACGCAUAUCGUUUGUUGGGGAUGAUGGGCAUGCAGAGAGAAUAUCAAUCUUGAGAAACACAACAGAUUGUUCCUCUGUUGUGAUUGAAGGAAUCCCAGCAGAUACCUCUGGUCGAUCUUUUGUUGUUAGGGUCCCCACGCCUUUCUACUUGUGGUGCUCUGAAAAAUCCAAACUCCUCGGUGAUGAAUUGCUCGAAAAGAUGAGGAAGUUACUGGAGAGGAAGCCUUCCCUUGCGGAACUAACCGGAAUCAGUAAUUCCCGUCUUCAACGCUUUGUACAUCAUCUACGGACUUUUCUGGUUGGUGAAACCUCAAACUCAAAGUCUCCUCCAUUGUUGGCAUCAUCAAGUUCAAAGGCUUCACGGGUCCGGACCUGCAGUAGCAUUAUUCAAGGCAGCCUGAGUCCUAGGCCAAGCUCCUUCAAAGAAGGUGGCCUCCCCAGAAACAUAGCUUCCUUGAGAAAUGUAGUCAGAGACAAGUUAAGACGUAGGGUGGAAGGGGUCCGCCUUGAAACAUCCUCCGAAAAACAUCCUCUUCCUUCCACUUCAAAUCAGCAUGAAGAAAACAGGCUUCCAUCAUCAUCUUCUGGAAUUUGCUUGUUCCCAUCAGUAUUAAGUGGGAACAUGAACAUGCAAAUUCCAUCUAUAAUCUCAGCAACACAUCCUUUUCCUAAUACUAAUACUAGUACUACACCAUCAUCUAUCUUCUCUCCUCCUCCUCCUCCAUAUUACUGCUGGUGUCCACCCGUGGUUAUGGUAACACCCCAACAUCCGCAUACAACAUCAACCGAAUCUUUUACAUUGCCACCCCUUUCGUCACUCCUUGCAUCAUCUGCAAAAACAUGUUCUGAAAUCUCAAUCCCACUCCCACCUUUUCUACCAAUAUCCAUGGGCAUGCCACCUUCACAACAGAUCCCGCUCUUCACCCCUUUGAUGUACGAGUGCGACCACCCAAUAGUUCACAUCCCGAUCCCAGUAAUGGACAUCUGCUCCUCGGGUCAAGCCUACCUAGUCAGUACUGGCCCUGCUAUUAUGAGCGUAGUAAGCAUUCCACCAGCAUUGAAUGUCCAAGAAUCUGAUUCAGAAAAGAGUGCUAGGGACACACUACGCCUCCUCCUCAGUGGAUCUACCCAGUUCCCCUCUGGUGUUGGAGGUGGAAGUUUCUAUGGAGCAACCACAACCACUGAUGUAAAUGUGAAUGCUAUUGCUGCAAUGAGUUUGGUUUCUCCCCAUGGUGGUAUGAGGAGGUGCAUUGACCAAGGUGAUUUGGUUGACCUCCUCAAGGAUCCGGUCCACACUGGUGGGACUACCACUACUACUACUGCUGCUACAACUACAUGUUCUUCUAAUGAAGAUGAUUUGAGUGAAAAAGGGAGUACAAAGUAAGUUCCAGUGUUGGACGUUGGAUGUUGUUAGGCAGGCAUCAUGUGAUUCUGGCUCUAGUUUUUUUUGGUGAAAAAUGACGUGUAAGUAAUUAGACCAACAAAACAUUAUCAGCCGGCCUUUACCUUUGCCUUUGCAUUUUACAUUUCUAAGUUGACC